CUUUCUAGAUCACAUCCCCUCCAACCACCCAACACCAUCAGCAAUAAACCAAAGCUAAACAAAUUGAAGCGUUAACUCCUCCAUUAUCUCCCCUUCAACCACCCAAAUCAAACCCAGAAAACUCCCCUUGAAAAGAUGAAUGAAGAACACCAAAUUCAACCCAAAACCCCACUCCCCAAUUACUGGGGCAGUACCCCUGAACAAGACUAUUACACUCAACAAGGCAUCAAAUCUACGAAUUCCUUCUUCACCACACCCACUGGCCAAACCCUUUUUACAAAAUCAUGGCUCCCUCUCUCUCCCUCUCCUCCUCGUGGCAUCAUUUGUAUGGUCCAUGGCUAUGGCAAUGACGUCAGCUGGACCUUCCAAGCUACCCCUAUCUUCCUUGCUCAAAAUGGGUUUUCCUGUUUCGCACUCGAUCUACCCGGCCAUGGUAAAUCCGAGGGCCUCAAAGCCUUCGUCCCUGAUGUCGAUCUAGUUGUUGAUUGCUGCGCGUCGUUCUUUAAUUCAGUCGUUGAAACCCCGGGUUUGCAGAAUCUACCCGUUUUUCUCUUCGGAGAAUCGAUGGGCGGCGCGAUUUGUUUGUUGAUUAGCUUAAAAUACCCUAAAAUUCGAUUCAAUGGCGCAAUUUUGAUCGCACCCAUGUGUAAAAUCUCUGAUAAAGUACGACCCAGAUGGCCAAUUCCCGAGAUUCUUACAUUCGUUGGGAAGUUCAUACCCACUUUACCGAUUGUACCAACGCCUGAUUUGUUAGAUAAGUCUGUUAAAGUUGCUGAGAAGAAAGUGAUUGCAGUAAUGAACCCUUUGAGAUAUGAUGGGAAACCCAGAUUAGGGACUGUAAUUGAAUUGUUAAGGGUUACUGAUUACUUAAGUAGAAAACUAAAGAAUGUUACUAUUCCGUUCGUUGUACUGCACGGGGAGGCGGAUGUGGUUACGGACCCGAAUGUGAGCCGUGAGUUAUUCGAGGCGGCCGAGAGCGAGGAUAAAACUAUCAAGAUUUAUCCAGGGAUGGUGCAUUCUAUGUUGUUUGGGGAAACUGAUGAGAAUGUGGAGUUAGUGAGGAGUGAUAUAUUGGGAUGGUUGAAUGAAAGGUGUAAAAGGGAAGCUUAAUCAGGUUGGAAAGUUAUCUAAUUUUGAUUUAUGUUUCGAUUAACCACCGUUUUUAGGAGGCUAAUCAAGCCGGGGAUUUUUUGGCUGGAAAAUGAAAGACUUGUGUUUCUAUGCCGAUUUGAUUUGUGAAUGUAGUAAUAGUAAAGCAAAAUUUUCAAUUUUUGUGGUAUUGAAAUGAAAGAUACAAUGUGAAAUUAUGUUCAUAAUGACUUUGAAAUUGACAUUUUUAUUUGUGUGA